AAAUGAGCCAGGCAGAUGCCCUCUGAGAAGUUCACAGGUGAGUGGGACAGACAGAUCAGCCAUAAAUAAAUGUGGGCGGCGGUCACGGGACUGCUGGCAAAUGGGCCAGGAUUUCAACAUCUUGCAAGGGGUAGACAGAAAAAGCACUGGUGAUAGCUCCUCUGUCCAGGCACUUCACGUGCAAGGCCACAUGCUUAUCCCAGCAGGACAGCAGUUGCUCAAGCCAUGUUUGUCGCUUGGUGUGUGGCCUAGGGCAAGUUACUUAAUGUUUCUGAGCCUUGAUUUCCUCAUCGCUGAAAUGGCAAUGAGAAUGCAAAGGACAUGGUGUCUGAGGCUGCCAGAGCUCAGGGCUGCUGGGGCCACAGUGGGCACAGAGCCAGGUGAAUGAGGCCCUUGGAAAAGAUUUCCUGCCCGAGAAGCUACACACCCCAUAUGUGACCCCCAAACAGUAUUCAGCCUGUUUACACAUUCCUUCCCAGAGGUGGCACUGAAUAACUGAAAUGAGGCUGUCCCCAGGAUUCAGAUUCAUAUGCAGAGCUCCCAUACUGGCCUCCAGGAAGACAAGACCGAAACAGGACUCCAGCAAGAAGCAAAGCUUAAAAAGCCUGUGAGCUCUCCAGGGAACCCGCUGGGGGCGUGCCACCCACACUCACGUGGCUGGGGCCGUGCCAUGAGGGCUGGGGCCUUUGUGCUCUCAGACAGUGUGGGGUGGUCUGGGGAGGCCUCCCAGAGGAAGAAGGCCCAGAGCCCUGAGCAGCACGGUGAGAGGUGCCCUGAAGGGGCCAGGCUGGGGGAGGUGGAGGCCAGAAUACCCAGCACCUUGAGUGCUGGGCCAAGGAGUCCAAGCUAGACCUCAGGGCACUGGGAGCCAGGAAGCGUUUAGGGAGGGGAGAGACAGGUUGGUUUGGGGUUAGCAGAGAGGGCCCGGUGGGCCCAGGUGGGGACGUGGUUCAAAGGGGAGAUGCCAAAGCUGGCAAUGGAUAGGGGCUGUGAAGAUGGAGAGGAGCAAGUGAAUAUUAGAACUAUUUCCAGAAUAAAGACAAGCAGACUAACCAGGACUCCAAGCGGGAAAGCAAGGAAUUUGCCAGUCUGGCUAGAGAAAGGUCCUGGGGCAGGGACCAGGCUGUGGGAAUGGCAGGCCCCAGGGUACACAACUGCCCCAGGAUGGGGGAGGGGUCGGAGCUCCUGAUUCGGGAGCCAGCCUGUGGUCAGAGGCUCACACCCAGCUGACCCGGGCAGGCACGGGUCAUCUGCCCUCAGGUGGUCCAAGGCCGCUGCCUGGCACUAGUGGGUACCUUGGGCCAGCUGGAACCCCAAGGAAGAAAUAUGUGAUGCCCUUCACCCCCAUCCUACCCCCUUUUCCGAAGACAGGGCUCCCCUCCCCCAACCCUGCAGCUGCCUCUCUGGACAGAGGGAGGGGGAAGUGGCCAGAAGGGGAAGUGUGAGGAGUUCCCCUCUGGCCCGUCACCAGUCUCCUCAGGCCCUCGGAGCGGCGGCCAUGGCCAUGGAGCCUCUGGAGACACCCAUCAAGGACGGCAUCCUCUACCAGCAGCACAUCAAGUUUGGCAAGGUGGGGACCCUGGCUGCCAGGCAGCUGCCUAGGACAGGUGGUGGGCCUCUGCCGCAGCCUUGGACAGCCCACCGGAACCUGGGAGAAUGGGGGUAGGAGUCCAGGUGGGGAAUCCAACCCAGGUGUGGGGAGGUGGAACAGAGCCCCAUUCUCAGCCUGAGCGGGUUGGGCUGAGUGGGCCUUUUCGAGACCCUGCCUCACUUACAGAUGGGAAGCCAAGAGUGGGGAGCCAAGAACCCUUGGGGCAGGGCAGAGCUGAGAGGCUGGUUAAUCCAACAGUUUUCCAUCCCAUCUACUAGUGGCACUGUGGCCCCUCGAGAGGGCUGGAGGCUGAGCUGGAGGAGCCCCCAGAAGUGGAGCUCCAUCCUGCAGAAGAGGGCUCAGCUCCUCCCAGCCCUGUCCUGGGGUAGCAGGCCCUGCACACCCACAGCUCAGCUGCAGCUGCCGCCCAGGCAGAUAAACCGUCUGUUUCCUUUGCUCGACGCUAUUUGCAUGUUUCCUUCCUUGCCAUCAUGAGACUGAGGCCUCCCUCCCGCCCCAGCCCUUGUCCCGUGGCCCAGUUGACCUUUUCUUUACAGGGGGUGGGUGCACCAACAAAGCAGUAGUGUCAGGUGGUCUGCUCCGGCCACUAGAUACUUUACAGACAUUGCCCAGUAGAAGCGCCAACCCCGUGUUCUCAUAACCUUUUGAGAGACGAGGAUCCUAGGGCUUAUGGGGGGGAGGGUCACAGUUAGGAAAGCGUGGGGUGGAUUUGAAGCUAGGGCUGACUGACUCCAAGCACAGACGCUUCCUGCUGCCGGGCUGGCUCUGGCAAGGCAUCCUCUGGGGCCUGAAGAGCUGCGAGGCAGAGGCCAGCCUGGGUGGCCAGGAGUGUUUGCUAAGUGGCUUGUGCUAGGCUGAGCUGCAGGGAGAACUGCCACCCGAGGGUCAUCUCCCCCAUCUUCAUCUCCUGCAGAAGUCCUGGCGGAAGGUAUGGGGUCUACUGUAUGCAGGAGGCCCAUCAGGCGUGGCACGGCUAGAGAGCUGGGAGGUCCGGGAUGGUGGCCUUGGGCCAGCAGGUGACAGGUCUGUGGGGCCUGGCCGGCGAGGAGAGCGGCGGGUCAUCCGCCUGGCUGACUGCGUGUCCGUGCUGCCGGCUGACGGCGAGAGCUGCCCGCGGGACACUGGUGCCUUCCUGCUCACCACCACGGAGAGAAGCCACCUGCUGGCCGCACAGCACCGCCAGUCUUGGAUGGGCCCCAUUUGCCAUCUGGCCUUCCCGGGCACAGGGGAGAGCUCCCAAGGAUCAGGGGAGGCAGAGGCUCCCAAGAGAGGCCUGGUCCAGAUGGAGGAGAACUCCAUCUACUCCUCCUGGCAGGAAGGUGAGUCGGGGAGGUACAGGGGCAGCCUCAGCCCUAGCACAAACAGGGCUGGGAUCUUUCUGGGACCCCCGGGGGCUGUGCUUGUGGCCCUCACGGCGCCGUGCCUGCAGUGGGCGAGUUUCCAGUGGUGGUACAGAGGACGGAGGCAGCCGCCCGCUGCCAGCUGAAGGGGCCCUACCUCCUGCUGCUGGGCCAGGACUCCAUCCAGCUGAACGAGCCCGCCAGCCCCCAGGCGCUCUACACCUGGCCCUACCGCUUCCUGCGCAAGUUCGGCUCCGACAAGCCGGCCGCCGCUGUGACUCGGGCGAGGGACUCUUCGCCUUCAUCAGCCCCCGCUCCCGCGACCUAUGCGGGGCCGUAGCCGCCGCCAUCGCCCGCCAGCGGGAGCGGCUCCCGGAGCCGGCGGGGCCCCAGCCCUGCCCCCUGCCGCGGGCCACCUCCCUGCCCUCGCUGGAGCCUCCGGGGGAGCUGCGGGAGGUGCCCCUGGGGCCCGAGGCGCCCGGCUCCCGGAGGGCGCGCGCGGCCGAGCCCGGGCCCCAGAGCCUACCCGCUCUGCUGGGCCCCGUAGCCCCGGACGAGCCGGCGCCCGCGCUCUACGCGUCGGUGUGCAAGCGGGCCAGCCGGCCUCCGGACGCCGCCGAGCACCUGUACGAGAACCUGUGCGUGCUGGACGCCGGCCCCGCGCCCGACGCCGGCUGUCCGGAGCAGGAGGGCCCGGGCGGCCGCAGCCCCCUGGCCAGCCCCAUCUACCACAACAGCCAGGACCUGGGCUGGCCCGGCGCGGCCCACGACAGCAGCCUGGAGGCCCAGUACCGGCGACUGCUGGAGCUGGAGCUGGCCGACAACGGCGACGAGGCCGGGGGCUCCGCCCGCGCCGGCGCCCACUUGGGCUUCAAGGCCAAGCUGGUGACGCUGCUGAGCCGCGAGCGCAGGAAGGGCCCGGCUCCCUGCGACAGGCCCUGACCGAGUAUCGUGGUGGCCGGAGGAGAGGAAGGCGCUCUCCCUGGGACAAGAGGGCGGGGGAACAAUGGACAUCUGCAGACACACCCCCACACUCACUCUAGCCUGGAGGGACAAGGCAGACAGCCUGGGGAGGACCCCUCAGGUGCCCUGCCGGCCCCCAGUGUAUAGUGUACAGAUUUGCUGGUAAUAAAGCC